AUGGCAGCAGUGACGAUGUCUGUGCCAGGCCGGAAGGCGCCCCCCAGGCCGGGCCCAGUGCCCGAGGCUGCCCAGCCGUUCCUGUUCACGCCCCAAGGGCCGGGCGGGGGUAGCGGGCCUGGCAGUUGGCCAGGGGGCUCGGGUACCUCGCCGCAGGUAGAGUGGACGGCCCGGCGCAUGGUGUGGGUGCCUUCGGAGCUCCAUGGGUUCGAGGCAGCAGCGCUGAGGGAUGAGGGAGAGGAGGAGGCGGAGGUGGAGCUGGCGGAGAGCGGGCGGCGGCUGCGGCUUCCGAGGGACCAGAUCCAGCGCAUGAACCCGCCGAAGUUCAGCAAGGCCGAAGACAUGGCGGAACUGACCUGCCUCAACGAGGCCUCGGUUCUGCACAACCUCCGCGAGCGAUACUAUUCAGGCCUCAUCUAUACAUACUCUGGCCUUUUCUGUGUGGUCAUCAACCCAUACAAGCAGCUUCCCAUCUAUACGGAGGCCAUCAUAGAGAUGUACCGGGGCAAGAAACGCCACGAAGUGCCACCCCACGUGUACGCAGUGACUGAGGGGGCCUACCGAAGCAUGCUCCAGGAUCGUGAGGAUCAGUCCAUUCUGUGCACUGGGGAGUCUGGAGCUGGGAAGACAGAAAACACCAAGAAGGUCAUUCAGUACCUUGCCCAUGUGGCGUCAUCCCCAAAGGGCCGGAAGGAGCCAGGUGUCCCUGCCUCCGCCAGCACCAUAUCUUAUGGUGAGCUGGAGCGGCAGCUCCUUCAAGCCAAUCCCAUCCUGGAGGCCUUUGGUAACGCCAAGACAGUGAAGAAUGACAACUCUUCUCGAUUCGGAAAAUUCAUUCGCAUCAACUUUGAUGUUGCUGGGUACAUUGUGGGCGCCAACAUCGAGACCUAUUUGCUGGAGAAGUCUCGGGCUAUUCGCCAGGCCAAGGAUGAAUGCAGCUUCCAUAUCUUCUACCAGCUGCUAGGGGGCGCCGGAGAGCAGCUCCAGGCCGACCUUCUCCUGGAGCCAUUUUCCCACUACCGCUUCCUGACCAACGGCCCAUCGUCCUCUCCUGGGCAGGAGCGGGAGCUCUUGCAGGAGACGCUGGAGUCCCUGCGGGUCCUGGGAUUCACCCAUGAAGAAAUCACCUCCAUGCUGCGGGUUGUCUCAGCCGUUCUCCAGUUUGGCAACAUCGUCCUAAAGAAAGAACGGAACACCGAUCAAGCCACCAUGCCCGACAACACAGCUGCGCAGAAACUCUGCCGCCUCCUGGGACUGGGAGUGACGGAUUUCUCCCGCGCCCUGCUCGCCCCCCGCAUCAAAGUUGGCCGAGACUAUGUGCAGAAAGCCCAGACCAAGGAGCAGGCUGACUUUGCACUGGAGGCCCUGGCCAAGGCCACCUACGAGCGUCUCUUCCGCUGGCUGGUGCUGCGUCUCAACCGUGCCCUGGACCGCAGCCCCCGCCAGGGUGCCUCCUUUCUCGGCAUCCUAGACAUCGCUGGCUUCGAGAUCUUCCAGCUGAACUCCUUCGAGCAGCUCUGCAUCAACUACACUAACGAGAAGCUGCAGCAGCUCUUCAACCACACCAUGUUCGUGCUGGAGCAGGAGGAGUACCAGCGCGAGGGCAUCCCCUGGACCUUCCUCGACUUUGGCCUUGACCUGCAGCCCUGCAUCGACCUCAUCGAGCGUCCGGCCAACCCGCCUGGACUCCUGGCCCUGCUGGAUGAGGAAUGCUGGUUCCCAAAGGCCACUGACAAGUCCUUUGUGGAGAAGGUGGCCCAGGAGCAAGGUGGCCACCCCAAGUUCCAGCGGCCGCGGCAACUGCGGGACCAGGCUGACUUCAGUGUCCUGCACUAUGCGGGCAAGGUUGACUACAAGGCCAAUGAGUGGCUGAUGAAAAACAUGGACCCUCUGAACGACAACGUCGCAGCCCUGCUUCACCAAAGCACAGACCGGCUGACAGCGGAGAUCUGGAAAGAUGAACACGGGGGCUUCCAGCAGUUCUCUUUCCUUGGCUCCUUCUCACCAUCGCCCCCAGGAUCUGCAGAGAGGCACUGACUCCUAAUCCUUCCCCCUACAGUGGAGGGGAUUGUGGGACUGGAGCAGGUGAACAGCCUUGGAGAUGGCCCACCCGGUGGCCGUCCCCGCCGAGGCAUGUUCCGGACAGUGGGACAGCUCUACAAGGAGUCCCUGAGCCGCCUCAUGGCCACGCUCAGCAACACCAACCCCAGCUUCGUCCGCUGCAUCAUCCCCAACCACGAGAAGAGGGCUGGAAAGCUGGAGCCCCGGCUAGUGCUGGACCAGCUCCGUUGUAACGGCGUCCUGGAAGGCAUUCGCAUUUGUCGGCAGGGCUUUCCCAACCGCAUCCUCUUCCAGGAGUUCCGGCAGCGGUAUGAGAUCCUGACACCCAAUGCCAUCCCCAAGGGCUUUAUGGAUGGGAAGCAGGCCUGUGAGAAGAUGGUGAGCGCCCUGGAACUGGACCCCAACCUCUACCGUGUGGGGCAGAGCAAGAUCUUCUUCCGGGCUGGGGUCCUGGCCCAGCUGGAAGAGGAGCGGGACCUGAAGGUCACAGACAUCAUUGUGUCCUUCCAGGCAGCUGCCCGGGGAUACCUGGCCCGCAGAGCCUUCCAGAAGCGGCAGCAGCAGCAGAGUGCCCUGAGGGUGAUGCAGCGGAACUGCGCAGCCUACCUGAAGCUGAGACACUGGCAAUGGUGGCGGCUCUUCACCAAGGUGAAGCCGCUGCUGCAGGUGACCCGGCAGGACGAGGUGCUGCAGGCGCGGGCCCAAGAGCUGCAGAAAGUGCAGGAGCUGCAGCAGCAGAGCGCCCGCCAGGUGGGCGAGCUCCAGGACCGGUUGGCGCAGCUGGAGGAGGAGCGCACCCGCCUGGCGGAGCAGCUGCGGGCAGAGGCGGAGCUCUGCAGUGAGGCUGAGGAGAUGCGGGGGCGGCUGGCGGCCCGCAAGCAGGAGCUGGAACUGGUGGUGACCGAGCUGGAGACCCGCGUGGGGGAGGAGGAGGAGUGUAGCCGCCAGCUCCAGACGGAGAAGAAGAGGCUGCAGCAGCACAUACAGGAGCUGGAGACCCACCUGGAGGCUGAGGAGGGAGCACGGCAGAAGCUGCAGCUGGAGAAGGUGACAACAGAGGCAAAGCUGAAGAAGUUCCAGGAGGACCUGCUGCACUUGGAAGAUCAGAAUGCCAAGCUCGGCAAGGAACGGAAGCUGCUGGAGGAACGUCUGGCUGAGUUCUCAUCCCAGGCGACUGAAGAGGAGGAGAAGGUGAAGAGCCUCAAUAAACUACGGCUCAAAUACGAGGCCACGAUUGCAGACAUGGAAGACCGCCUACGGAAGGAGGAGAAGGGCCGCCAGGAACUGGAGAAGCUGAAGCGGCGGAUGGACGGCGAGAGCUCGGAGCUGCAGGAGCAGAUGGUGGAGCAUAAGCAGCGGGCAGAGGAGCUGCGGGUCCAGCUGGACCGCAAGGAGGAGGAGCUGCAGGCAGCCCUGGCCAGAGCGGUGGAGGAAGGUGGGGCGCGAGCCCAGCUGCUGAAAUCCCUACGGGAGGCUCAGGCAGGACUGGCCGAGUCCCAGGAGGACCUGGAGGCGGAGCGCGCAGCCAGGGCCAAGGCAGAGAAGCAGCGCCGGGACCUGGGUGAGGAAUUGGAGGCACUGCGGAGUGAACUGGAGGACACGCUAGACUCCACCAACGCACAACAGGAGCUCCGAUCCAAAAGGGAACAGGAAGUGACAGAGUUGAAGAAGGCUCUGGAGGAGGAGACAAGAACUCACGAGGUGGCGGUGCAGGAGCUGAGGCAGCGCCAUGGCCAGGCCCUGGGGGAGCUGGCAGAGCAGCUGGAGCAGGCCCGGAGGGGCAAAAGUGUGUGGGAGAAGACCCGGAUGUCCCUGGAAGCCGAGGUGUCCGAGCUACGGGCAGAGCUGAGCAGCCUGCAGAGCACAAGGCAGGAGAGUGAGCAGCGGAGGCGCCGCCUGGAGUCCCAGCUGCAGGAGGUCCAGGGCCGGGCCGGUGACGGGGAGCGGGCACGGGUGGAGGCUGCCGAGAAGCUGCAGCGAGCCCAGGCUGAGCUGGAGAAUGUAUCUGGGGCACUGAGCGAGGCCGAGUCCAGAGCCAUCAGGCUGAGCAAGGAGCUGAGCAGCACCGAGGUCCAGCUGCACGAUGCCCAGGAACUGCUACAGGAGGAAACCAGGGCGAAGCUGGCCUUGGGGUCCCGGGUGCGAGCCCUGGAGUCUGAAGCCACUGGCCUGCGGGAGCAGCUGGAGGAGGAGGCAGCUGCCAGGGAACGGGCGGGGCGGGAGCUACAGGCAGCCCAGGCCCAGCUCUCAGAGUGGCGGCGGCGCCAGGAGGAGGAAGCAGGGGCACUGGAGGCAGGGGAGGAGGCACGGCGCCGUGUAGCCCGUGAGGCUGAGGCUCUGACCCAGCGCCUGGCAGAAAAGACAGAGGCAGUGGAGCGGCUGGAUCGGGGCCGCCGCCGGCUGCAACAGGAACUGGACGAUGCCACCAUGGAUCUAGAGCAACAACGGCAGCUCGUGAGCACACUGGAGAAGAAGCAGCGCAAAUUCGACCAGCUCCUGGCAGAGGAGAAGGCAGCUGUACUGCGAGUGGUGGAGGAACGUGAACGGGUCGAGGCAGAGGGCCGGGAACGUGAGGCUCGGGCCCUGGCACUGACACGGGCCCUGGAGGAGGAACAGGAGGCACGUGAGGAGCUGGAACGGCAGAACCGGGCACUGCGGGCCGAAAUGGAGGCACUGCUGAGCAGCAAGGAUGACGUCGGCAAGAGUGUACAUGAGCUGGAACGAGCCCGCCGGGUGGCAGAACAGGCAGCCAGCGACCUGCGAACACAGGUGACAGAGCUGGAGGAUGAGCUGACAGCAGCUGAGGACGCCAAGCUGCGCCUAGAGGUGACAAUGCAGGCUCUCAAGGCACAGCACGAGCGGGACCUGCAGGGCCACGAUGAGGCUGGUGAAGAGAGGCGCCGGCAAUUGGCCAAGCAGCUGAGGGACGCUGAGGUGGAGCGGGAUGAGGAGCGGAAGCAGAGGGCCCUGGCUGUGGCCACCCGCAAGAAGCUGGAAGCAGAGCUGGAGGAGUUGAAGGCUCAGAUGGAGACCGCUGGGCAGGGCAAGGAGGAGGCCGUGAAGCAGCUUCGCAAGAUGCAGACCCAGAUGAAGGAGCUAUGGCGGGAGGUGGAGGAGUCACGCACCUCCCGGGAGGAGAUUUUUGUCCAGAACCGCGAAAGCGAGAAGCGUCUGAAGGGGCUGGAGGCCGAGGUGCUGCGACUGCAGGAGGAACUCGCUGCCUCGGACCGCGCCCGGCGUCAAGCCCAGCAGGAGCGGGAUGAGAUGGCGGAUGAGGUGGCCAGUGGCAACCUUGGCAAGGCAGCCAUUCUGGAGGAGAAGCGUCAGCUGGAGGGGCGCCUAGGGCAGAUGGAAGAGGAACUGGAGGAGGAGCAGAGCAACGCAGAGCUCGUCAAUGACCGCUACCGAAAGCUCCUCCUACAGGUGGAGACAAUGACCACAGAGUUGUCAGCUGAGCGCAGUUUCUCAGCCAAGGCAGAAAGUGGGAGGCAGCAGCUGGAGCGGCAGAUCCAGGAACUACGGGGGCGCCUGGGUGAGGAGGACGCUGGGGCCCGGGCCCGCCAGAAGAUGGUCAUCGCUGCCCUUGAGUCUAAGCUGGCCCAGGCUGAGGAGCAGCUAGAGCAUGAGAGCAGGGAGCGCAUCCUCUCAGGCAAGCUGGUACGCAGAGCUGAGAAGCGGCUCAAAGAGGUGGUGCUCCAGGUGGAGGAGGAGCGGAGGGUGGCUGACCAGCUCCGGGACCAGCUGGAGAAGGGAAACCUCCGGUUGAAGCAGCUGAAGCGACAGCUGGAGGAGGCUGAGGAUGAGGCCUCCCGGGCCCAGGCAGGCCGCCGGAGGCUGCAGCGGGAGCUGGAGGAUGUCACUGAGUCGGCUGAAUCCAUGAACCGCGAGGUGACCACGCUGAGGAAUCGGCUCCGACGCGGCCCCCUCACCUUCACCACCCGCACUGUUAGACAGGUCUUCCACCUGGAGGAAGGUGUGGCAUCGGAUGAAGAGGCUGAGGAGGCAGAGCCAGGGGCUGGGGCCCCACACCCAGAGUCGGAUGGGCCCGUGCAGGCCCCACCCCAGUGACCCCUCAUGCUAACUGGAUGGGUCAGGGCCCCUCCCUCCCUCCUGGCUCCAUAGAUGCCUGUCCCCAAACCCAGCCCUCUGGCUUCUUGCACUUUGGAGUUGGUGCCACUCUCUGGCACUGCAGCACUUAUUGCCCCCACGCCGGACCCCAUGAGAUCCCCAUCAACCGACCCCCAAACCCAGGGGAGUGGGGAAGGAUGGGGAGGCAAGGACGGGGGCUCUGUGCUUCAGGGAAAACGUGGAUGUAAUUGGCAAGGAUGGGCCUAUCCUUUCUUCAGUUGUUCAUGAUGGAUAUUAGGGAGGAUGCCACAAGCUUCCCUCCUCACCUCAGCCGGCACCAUGCAUUCCUGUUUCCCUGGCCUCCGCAUCCAUCUAUAUCUACUUAUCUAUCUCCCUGGUGGCACAAUGGUUAAGUGCUCAGCUGCUAACCAAAAGGUCAUUAGUUCGAACCCACUAGCAGCUCCAUGGGAGAAAAGACCUGGCAAUCUGUUCCCGUAAAGAUUUACAUCCUAGAAAAACCUAUAGGGCAGUUCUACUCUGUCCUAUAGGGUAGCUAUGAGUUGGAGUCAACUCAAUGGCAAAUAUCUAUCUAUCUAGUGGUACAGUGGUUAAGCGCUGCUAACUGAAAGAUUAGUGGUUCGAACCCCUCGAGCAGCUCCAAGGUAUAAAGACCUGGCGAUCUGCUUCCAUAAGAUUGCAGCCUAGAAAACCCCAUGGGGCGGUUUUACUUUGUCAUUUCUGCUAUGAGUUGGAACCAACCUGACAACAAGGACCUCUCCAUUUCUCUCUCUCUGUACCCUUCCUGGAGUCUCUAUACGCCUUUCAUUUUGGGUCUCUGCCUCUCUCUCGGUUCUUCUUUCUGUGUUUUAUCUCAGUCUCUGGAUCUUUCUUUCUGGGUGUCUCUGUCUCCCCUAGUCCCUCUCUCCUUUCUCUGUACUUAACCACUCCCCCAUCCCUAAUCUUCCAGGUGACAAAAGCUGAGCCCCAGACUUCACCAUCCUCUGGUGCUUGCAAAGAGGCAGGAGAAGGGCUCCCCCAUCCUUCAUGCCCUCUGCCUUUCCGGUUUUGGUUGUUCCUGUAUGAUCAAGGUGUGGAGUCACUGGAGAAGUCUCCCUUGCCCUCCCACCCUCCAGGCUCUAGCAGAAAUAAAUGCCAUCCCCAGCUGGCCCCUUUGGUCUGGCUGUGAUUCUUCUCAAAGGGGAGCUUCUGGUGGGGGGAGGAUAGGCUUCUGUAGGUGUGUGUGGUAUAGGGGGUCUUGUGAAGUAACACAUUCACUCUUGACCUCAGCCUCCAAGGAAUUCCCUGCAUUUUACAGAUGAGAAACUAAGUCUCAAAGCUGCCAGGUCCCUGGCUUCAAACUUCCUAAUCAGUGAGUGGCUGAGGCAGCACUGUGCUGUACCUUUGCAACAUAAUAACAGUAGUGCCCAUGAUGUGGCAUUAUCUCAGUCCUCACCACAGCCCCUUGAGGUUGAAAUUCCAUUGCUUUCCAGUACAGUGCUUAGAACAGUGCCUGGC